CCUGUGAUCAAACAACAUCUACUCUGCUUAAAGUUGCCCUUUUAGUGAAAUCUGUGCAAUAAUCUUUCGCUAGUGAUAAAAUAUUCGAUCUCUAUUAUUUCUGAAUACUGUGCGUUCUGUUUGGAUCCCUCGGUACUAGGUGCAAAAUGGAAUCCAAAAGAAGCCGUGCGACUGGUUCGGUGUACAAGAUCCGCAAUAAUAGAUCUGCUCUUCAUCUGAAACAAUGUGUAGCGAACGAGAUGGAAGAGACAAACAGAUCUAGAACAGAAGCUCGAUCAGUGUUGCAGGGCGGAUCGCCAGAAGAGAUGCAUACCGAUUUAGAUGGCCAAGAAAAUAUUCUGAGACAAAAUAUGGACACGGAAGAAACGAGGACAAUCGCUUCUCCAAUGCUGCAGCCGAUAAUUAGCUCCGUCUCUAAUGGCCACGAAGAUAUUUUGUCCGAUGAUCAAGAUUAUAGUGAGCAGGAUGAAUCAUUCGAACAAAUUUCCGACGAUUUAUCUUUCCGAGAAAAGCUUCGAUCGUGGGCGUUAUCAACGAACCAAACGCAUCAUGCCCUAAAUUCGCUUUUGGAAAUUUUGCGUAAAAAAACUGAUUUUCCACUACCGAAAGACGCCAGAACGUUAAUGCGUACACCGACCAAUACAGCCGCUUGUAUUUCUACAAUUGAAGGUGGUCGUUUCUGGUAUCAUGGCAUCAGCAAUUGUCUACAGGAAUAUUUCAGGUUUCGUAUCCGUGAUGCUACUGAUGCUGCGGUCUCCCGCCAAUUUGAACCCUUUUAACCUUCGUGUGACACGAAGUAACCCGAUCGUUAUC